AUGAAAGAGUUACCACUUGCAAUUAAAGUGACCGUCAACCCAGAAUGUAAUGUGUCAAGUGGUCUUGUGACAUCAAUCUCCACACUGGUCGUUCUGGCAUUUUGUACUGUCAUCUGCAAUUCCACGAUCUACCCGAGAGGUGAAGAAAUUUACAACAGUUCGUCGCCGCUAUUGACUGGCUACAAGAGCGUCUUCGGUGACAACCGUACGACGUCAGCCUUUUUGCGUGGAUGCUCGCGCUGGGUCCAAUUGCGAGCUUCAGCUCGUUUGUGUUUUGCAUGGGCCAGCUCCUGUACGCCAUAG